ACAUCACAUCCUAUGUCAUUCCAAAUAGUGAAAAAAAAUAAUGUAAAUUUUUACAAUUUAUAAGUUUUUAAUUUUAAGUACAACCAGUUGAUCUAUAAUGUCAUUUGUUGAAUCAGGUGAUGAUCAAAGUGAGGAUGGUGAAUUAAGGCACAGUCCCUCGGAUGCACGACAAAAAGGAGAAGCGUUGGAUUUUAGUUUAUCAGAUGACGAUGAAGAUGGUGAGGCAGCCGAUUCACUAGACAUAAAACCACCACAGGCCAGAGUAGUUCCCGUUAGCAAUCGAACUAAGAGACGUGAUGGUUACGAUGGUAAAUCGCGACAUAAAAGAUCUGAACGACAUCGAGAGGAAAGGGUUUAUUCGCAUAGAGAAAAACACCAUCGAGAGAAACAGCUAAGGCCAGCUAAAGAAAGGGAACUGUAUCACAGGGAUAAAGAAAGGUAUUAUAGGGAGCAAAUUGGAUUUAAAGAAACCUACACGGAAGUUCAGUAUAUUAACGAAAGAGUGUACAGAGAGCAUAAAGAAGAGGUACCGCGAAGUAGCAGGCAUGUAGAGUCGCGCAAGAAAGACAGAGAGGUGCGAGACAUUCGAGAGGUACGCUAUUUGGAAAAACACAGAAAGGAGAAAUAUCCCGAUGAGAAAUGGGAAAAAUCUGCCGGCGACAAAGCCCUGGAGGACUUAAGAGAGCGACUUUUAAGUAAACGUUCUACCGGUAAAGGCGACGACGAAACGGUUAAAGUCGAUCGCAAGGAGGGACACAGAGAUCGUAAGAACAAAGAUAAUGAAACGUUAGAUUCAGUUUUGCAAGGCGAGGCGGGGAUGUACGUGAAGGAAAUUAUAAAUAUUAGCACAGGUGAGGAGAAACGCAAAAAGCAGGACAAACCAAAGGAUGACGAGAAAUUAACGGAGGAGGAGAAGGCGGAGCAAGAAUUAAGAAGGGAGAAACUUUUAGAAGCGGAACGGGAAAUGGCUAGACUGAAGGAGCAGUCGCGUAUUGAACGGGAACGUCGCCACUUAGAAAAACAAGCGAAGCGGAAGCUAGAAGAAGAAGAAGAACAUUUUAGUAAACGACUACAAGUAGACGACAAUAAUGUGGUAACCGUAUCCGAUAACUCAGAUACCGAGCUUAAUAACGAUGUGGACGAUGACGACGAUAAAAGUUAUCAUAGUGAUCAUAGCGUAAUUGAGAGUAGUAACGAAUCGGUGCAUAGCGUAGAACAAUCGGAAAGGAAAAGUCGCAGCCGAAGCAGAACAUCCUCAAGAGAAAUCACACCGGAGUCUGACGAGCGGUCUCGCAGUCGGAGUCGUAGUAUUGAACGUUCCAAAUCCAAGUCGCCCAAAAGUAAUGGGAACUUAUGCGCGAAAACAAACGAUAAAAAUGAAGAAAAAGCUUCUCAAGAAGACAUUAGGACUAUAGAAAUAAACGAAAAUCUACCUCCCUACUUUCCUGCGAUUCAGGGAUGUCGAUCGGUGGAGGAAUUUCAGUGCCUAAAUCGUAUUGAAGAAGGUACAUAUGGCGUGGUAUAUCGAGCAAGAGAUAAAAGGACGGAGGAAAUCGUUGCGUUGAAACGUUUAAAAAUGGAAAAAGAGAAGGAGGGAUUUCCUAUAACAUCCUUACGCGAAAUUAAUACCUUGCUAAAGGGACAACAUCCUAAUAUUGUCACGGUUCGUGAAAUUGUUGUUGGUAGUAACAUGGAUAAAAUUUUUAUCGUAAUGGAUUAUGUGGAGCAUGACUUGAAGUCUUUAAUGGAAACCAUGCGACACAAAAAACAAACCUUCACAGCCGGCGAAGUUAAAUGUUUACUUCGCCAGUUACUUUGUGCAGUAGCCCAUCUCCAUGACAAUUGGAUCUUGCACCGUGAUCUAAAAACGUCCAACUUACUACUGUCUCACAAAGGGAUUCUGAAAGUCGGAGAUUUUGGGUUGGCAAGAGAAUAUGGAUCGCCACUUAAAGCUUAUACACCAAUAGUCGUAACAUUAUGGUAUCGUGCCCCCGAGCUACUUCUAUGCACCAAAGAAUACUCCACACCGAUCGAUAUGUGGUCUGUUGGAUGUAUCUUUGGAGAACUUUUACUUAUGAACCCAGUAUUUCCUGGGAAGUCAGAAGUGGACCAAUUAAACAGAGUUUUCAAAGAUCUUGGUACUCCUAACGAAAAAAUUUGGCCAGGUUUUAAUAAACUACCUGCUGUUCAAAAAAUGAAAUUUACAGAAUAUCCGGUAUCCAAUUUAAGAUCUCGAUUUUCCAUGUUAACAGAGCAAGGUCAAGCGAUGCUUCAGAAAUUUUUAACUUUUGAUCCGGUGCAACGAACCACUGCCGAUGAUGCACUUCAACAUCCAUAUUUCACCGAAACGCCCCUGCCAAUUGAUCCCUCCAUGUUCCCGACGUGGCCCGCAAAGAGUGAACUGGGACAUCGGAGAGCCUUAGCCGCAAGUCCGAAGCCGCCAUCUGGUGGCGGAGAGUACAAACAAUUAGGAGGCGACGGAGAUGAAGACGGUUUGGGUUUUCGUAUUGGCAUGAAUGUAUCGGAAAAUAGAAGAAUGGGAGGCGGGUUUAGUCUGAAAUUUUAAUUAUGUGAAACAUAUUGUGCGUUAUUAUUUUUCUUUUUUAUUAAUGUACAUUUCUGUCUCCAAAAUAGAUUGAAAUUUUGACAUAAUAUCGACAUUUGCAUAGGUAACCUUCAUUCUUUUGUUACCACUCUCGAUCUGUGCAAGGGAUUAGAAAUUGGUAAGAUUGGUGAUAAUGUUUAUUGCAGUAUUACAUCUUAGAGAUGUGGUAGGUUUAGAUAUCUACCGAAAAUAUGAACUUUAAAUGUAUUAAAUAACUCGUUUAAACAAUGUUUUAGGCUCUAAUAAAAUUUUUCCAGGA